AGGAUUAUUUCAAUGAAUAAAACAAGUCAAGCGCGCUGCCGCUGCGCUGGUGACUCAUCAUCAUCAAUUAAUUAUUAUUAAGAGCUCAUGAUCGCGGUACGAACUGCUUUGUAAGUUUGUUUCACUUUCGUUUUGCUUCCCGGGAAACGAUCCGAUCGGGAUCAUGGAGGGAAAAGUGUGGAAAUUCCUUCUCCUGCUUCUUCUCACUAAACACACAUUUGGUCAGCUGUUCAGCAGACGAAACGGAGAGGUCACACUGACCCCAGCGGUUAACGGAACUUUUGAGGAGAUCCUCUGGAAGUGGAACGGUGACAAAGCCGUUGAGUUUGCUCCUGAUGAAGGACUAACAGAGUAUUGGAAAUUCAAAGGGCGAACGACACUGAACACUCAAACGGGAGAAUUAACGAUCAGAAACCUACAGAAAACAGAUUCUGGAAGGUACAAGGCCGAGGUGCUGGUGGGCGGGACCCUUCAGUACUCUGUGUUCGAUGUGACGGUCCUUGACGCUGUGACCCGACCAACUGUGCAGUGUGAGCAGAGGGAUUCUGUAGGGAUUCUACGCUGUCACAGUGAAGGAGAGAUGGGAAAGUAUCGGUGGGAGGGGCCUAAUGAUUUAUUAAGGAACUGGACCGAUCAGCCAAUAGAGCUACAGGUCAGCAGCUCUGACUCCGCAUACACCUGUGUGGUGAAGAACCCUGUGAGUGAGGAGAGCAGUGAGGCCUUUCCUGCUGAACGCUGCUUUAAAGAACGUUCUGCUGUCGGUGCUCUUAUUGCUGCUGUCGUUGCUGUCGCUGUUAUUGCUGCUGUUGGUUUGAUCGCUGGAUUUUACUGUGUUUACCGCAGUAGAAGAGGAAAAGAGCGGCCUGUAGAAGAUCCUGGAGAAGCGAAGGAGGAGGAAACAGCUCUUCUGUACAGCACUGAAGAAUCAGGUCAGACGGAAAGAGAAAGGAAGGAAGGAAACAGAGCAGAUAAACUGAAAUACGAGAAUGAGAACGGGAAACAGAACGAGUGUGAAAGUGCAGAGAAUGAGAAUGAAGGAGAGAAAGAGACUGAAGUGGAAGAAAAGGUGGAGAACAGAGCAUCAGAAUUAGACACUGGAGAUGGAAGAACGGUUUCAGAAGAGGACAAGAGGAGCUCAAAGACACAGGAUGAGAACAAGAGUUUGGAGCAGAAUGAGCUGAAAGCAGAUUCUCCUGAGAAGGAAGGAGAAAAAGUGACGGAAGUGGAAGGAAAGCAAGAGAACAGAGUGUCAGACACAAACACAUGUUUGAUGGCCCAAACUACACCAAUGGAUGAGAGUAAGAGACUAGAAGACAGUGAAGCAGCAGCAGCGUCUGAAGAGAAGGAAGGCAAAAAAGGGAAGAACAGUAAGAAGGAGAAGAAGGACAAGAGGUCAAGAAGUACCGAGAAGAAGGAGCCAACGUACAAGACAGAACUGGGAAUUAAAGAAUCGAAAAGGAGCCCCAAAGACCUGGACCUUAGUGUGAGCAGCACAAAUAAACAAAAGGAAAACAUUGAGAUGUUUAGACAGAAAGGCUCAAAAACAACAGCUAAUGAGAAGGAUGAAGUUAGAAACAUGGAUGGGGAAGAACAGCAGGAAACCAGAGCAGCAGGCUUAAAAGCAAAAAAUGUCUUUCCAGAAACAAACCCGGAGCUGGGGAGUCGAAAUCAGCCGGUGGAUGGUAAUAAGAUACAGGAACACGGUAAAUCAGGAGCAGAUGGAAAUGAGGAGGAAGGUGGAAAAGGACAGAAAGAGAAACAGGAAAAGAGAGCAGAAGAUCCUACGAAGGACUCAGUGAUGGAGAGAAGUGAACCUGCUCCAGACACAAACACUGAGAUGUGCAGUCAAGAUAAAUCGAUGGUGGGAUCCAUUAAUACAACAACAGGGGCUAAAGAGAAUGAAGCCACAAAAAUGACGGCUGUGGAUAAAACGGAGGGAAAAGGAUCAGCAAAAAUGAACACAGAUUCAUCCAACCAAAAUGAUUCACACGUUGGUGGUCAGACAGUGGGACGCAGUGACAAACAGAAAGAGAAACAGGAAAAGGGAGCAGAAGAUCCCGAAAAGGAGCCAAUGAGGAAGAGAAAAGGAUCAGCAGUAAUAAACACAGAUUCAUGCAGCCAGAACAGAUCUGAAGGUGACAGCAAUAGAGAGGGAAACAUUGUCUCAUCGGCAGAGACCAGUGAGAAGAAAGCAGAAUCAUUAAUGGAUAAAAUACAGGAGAACAGAGUAACAGAAUUAAAUGCUGAAGAGAGAAGAACAGUUUCAGAAGAAAACAAGAGGGGUGGAAAUAGGCAGAAGGACGACAGUAAGAGUUUGGAGCAGAAUGAGCAAAAACUAAUAGAUGAUGAGACAGAAAGUGAAACAACGAUGGAUGUGGAAACUGAGCAGAAGAAAAGAGUUUCAAGUACUGUGAUGAUGUCACUGCUCAGGUGGGGUUCACAGCAAACAGAUUUACAGCGGACCAGAAAAACAGCGAGCAGCGAAGAAAGAAGUGGUGACGUGUUCCACCCUCAUGGAGGGAAGGAUGAGAACAUGGACUGGACACCUACAGCUGAUGAGAAGGAAGGUGCCGGAAACAGGGAUGUGGAAAUGGAGAAGAGAGGAUCAGACUCUCACAUAAAAAGAAAGAGAUCUGCAGAACCCAGGAGUGACAGGUUCCCCACUCAUAAAAAGCACUGUGGCCAGAUCCUCACAGCUGAUGAGGAGGAAGCCUGCAGCAAAUUGAGAAGAAGUAGGAGAAACGGGAGGAGGAAAGACAACGGAUAGAGAGAAAAGAGGACGAGAACAGACCUCUGCAAAGAGGAGGACGAGGAGGAGGAACAGAAGAACGUGGAGAAGCAGACAGAUCUUAGAUGGAGAAGCAGGAGUAGAUUGUAGAAGGACAACAGUGACAUGGAGAAGGAGCACCUGGAGACCCCUGAAAGGACAUGUGUCACAGAGGACUUUGUCAGUGACCGCAGUACUAACUGGCAUCUUGUUCUACCAUUAAUAUCACAC